UCAGAGAAGCACAGGAACACACACACACACUGUAUGCACAUUAUAAAUAAAACACAGGUGCAUGUAUAUCUGAUUCUCUUCCUGUGCGCUGCAGCGGCUCCCACUGAGGUCCCCGGCUGCUCCAGGUAUUUCCAGUACGAGUGCAAGAAUGGACGCUGCAUUCCGACGUGGUGGAAGUGUGAUGGAGAGAACGACUGUGGGGACUGGUCUGAUGAGGCCCAGUGUACAGGUGGAGUCACUCCUCACGCCGUGACCCCCGGCCCCUCCACCUGUGCCCCCAACCGCUUCCACUGCGGCUCCGGAGCUUGCAUCAUCAACACCUGGGUGUGUGACGGCUACGCCGACUGUCCCGACGGCAGCGAUGAGCUGGGAUGUCCCACAGCUAACGGCUCUGCGACAAUGGCUCCGCCCCCCACUCAGGCCCCGCCCUCCCCUACGCGCUGCCUCCGGGGUCAGUUCCUGUGUCGCCGACCCCCCCACUGCAUCCCCGACUGGCAGCGCUGUGACGGCCAGUCCCACUGCCAGGACGGGUCCGAUGAAGCCCACUGCCCCACUCGAGGGCCUCUGCUCUGUGUGAACGGGACUCGCUGCUCUGACGGGGAAGCCUGCGUGCUGGACGGCGAGCGCUGCGACGGCUUCCUGGACUGCUCGGACCACAGCGACGAGGACAACUGCAGCCUGGACAGCCGGGCCUAUAAAGUCCAGAACCUCCAGUGGACCCCUGACUUCUUGGGUGCCAUCACCCUGACAUGGUCCCGCCCCAAAAACCUCCCUCUGGACUCCUGCUACUUCCUCGUAUACUACAGGUGAGCUUCAGCAACCUUUUGCUCCAGCUGGCAUAUUAUUUUACACCCUCGGUUUAGUAGCAUAACUACUGAGGGUACCAGGUAAU